AUGGCCAACAUGUAUGUGGCUAAAUCAACACCGAUGGUAGUGGUUAAUACCACCAACAAAAAAUCUACAACCGGUGACGAUAAACGACACAGUCAAGAAAAGCCUUUGAAUACUACAAAACAUAAACCUAAUAAAUUUUCAUCCCUUCAAGAUGCUGUUGAAAAGUUAGACUUAAAUCAUUUAAGCGAAGAAGAACGUAAUAAAGUUUUGGAUGUGAUCAAAAAGGAUUUUGAAGUACGCGCCAAGGAACAAGAACGAUUGAAUCGAUUCCGUUGUAGUAUCAUACGCAGAGAUAAAGAAUUAGCCGCUAAAAGUAUAUCAAUGGCUGUUGAAAGUACAUCAUGUAUAAUUUGUGGACGUCCAUUUAUGGCGCUGAUUAAUCCUAAACGUAUAUGCGGUAACUGUAGAAGAACUAUCUGUCGUAAUUGUUCUGAUACUGUGCCUAAAUACAAUGAUUUCUUUUGUAUAAUGUGCCUUAAAGAAACAGGUUAUCGUGCUAUGACGUGUACUUGGUUCUACGACACAGUGAUACAACGAUUUCGAGAAUUUGGUAGUACAACAGUAGCAAAAAGUUUAUUCGGAUCAAAGUAUAAACAAGUACAGAAUAUGGCCGAAGAUGAAUUAUGGAAUCUUCUGCUUCGAUUACCAUCAUCGAAAAGGACUUCUUUGGAGUCAGGUGGAGUUUGUACACUGGACCAAGCUAAAGAGGCACAAAUCAAAAAAUUACGAAAAUCUUGCUUUAUCCCGAGACAGAUCAACUGGCAGUAUGAAAGUGUAUGCCAAAAAUUCAAAAAGAAUGCUUGCAAAGAAAUGAAAAAUUUCAUCCAAAUACUUUAUAUAACAACAGAAAAACAACGAAUGAAUCAAGGCAUGAAUACAAAACACAUUACGUCGUAUGUGAUGGAUGUUUUAGAAGGUGAAAUAAGUCGAAUAGUGGGAUACAGUGUUAAGGGUCUUACAGACACAACUAGUUGGGUUGGUGAAGAUGACAAGGAAUCCAUAUCGAUGGUUGAUUCAGAAAAGGUUGAAGAACGCUUAGCUGAUGUCCUCCUCAACAAGAUAUUUCCAAUCACACCAUCCUCUGUAGUGGGAAACAAAUUUUUCUCAUCUGAAGUGAAUAACAUUGCACAUACUACUGCUACUGCUAAUAGUAGUACUGUCACGACAACAGCAACUACUGUACCUGCUGUGACUGCUGCUGCGGCAACUAUGAAUGAAGUUAAAUUUGACGAUUUUGUCAACAUUCCAUCAAACAAUAAGAAAGAAGAACUCAGUGUCACAGAAGGCUUCCCAAUUCGAAUGGAAUACUAUUUACCCUAUGAAGAGAAAUGCGAAUUUCGUUGGUACAAAUUGACACCUGAGAAUCAACGUAUCCCAGUCAAAUUGGAUUUUCGUACUGAACAUGUUAUUACAGCAGCGACUAGUAAAUCUAUACGCCAACAUCCAUUUGUUCUGUCAAAUUCCGGUUUUAUCACCAGUGAAACAAAACACAAGUUGAAUCAACUUAACAGAGAAAUAUCAGAAUCUAUGAUGAAUAAAAAUGAUGUUGCCAAUAAGGCGAAUAAGGCGAAAAAUAUGAUCCAAUUACAACAUCAUCUUAUUAUCUGGGCAAGUAAACUUGAUGAUGCUGGACAAUAUUAUGCUGCAGUUCAAUAUCCGCUGGAUAAGAAUGGAACAUCAGCAAUUCAAGAGAAAGAUUACAUUCUAAAAGUUCUAAAACCCAAUCUAUCACCUUCUAUAGCUCAGUCAAAACCAGCUUUUGUUGAACCUCUCACUGUACAACCAAUCAAUUGUGGCAAUAAUGAUCCUUACAUUGAAAUGACCUGUGUAGUAACUGGGAAUCCUUCACCAAGAUGUCUGUUCUACAGAAAUUCAGUUCCUAUCCCUGUAGUAAUGAUGCCAUUAAAUACAAUUAAUCAGGAAGAAGAGGCAAUAUCUGCAAUGAGUUCAUUUUCACAAAAGUACACAGUGACAUCAUCCUUGAGCAAGUCAUCAAACGAGAUAAAUCGAUCAGGUGGUUGUGUACGCAAAAUCACUUUACGCAUCAAUCGACCAUCAAGUUCAGAAGAUAUUGCGACUUACAGUUGUCGUGCAUGGAAUUGUCAUGGACGAACUACCACAACUACUGAUCUGUCUGUUGAAGAUCAUUUCUCUAAAUUCGAUUGUCCUCCGGGUAAGGCAACUCUUUUUGAAAGACUUAAUUUGGCCAACAUCGAAUCAGCUAACUUGGCGGCGAAUAUUUCACAGACUGCUCGAGAGCAUGGUGAUUUUCUGACACAAAAGGAAGGUAGUACUCCUCGUACUACUCCAAGAAGUCAACUGCAUGACCGUACCCCUGAAUCGGCAAGAAGAAGUGAACAGAAUAAUGUGAGCGGCGCAAUAAAUGAAACUUCAAUUCGAAAUAAAUCUUUAGAAAAUAUGAAAACUUCAGAUACGACAAAAACGUUUAGUAUUGCUGCAGUAAAUGUUGUACAAUCAUAUAGUGGUGUGUUGAAACUACAGCGUGAAGUGUACCAUUCAACAAGUGUAUUUCAAAGACCAAAACGACUUAAUUCUACUUGGAAGUCGAAAAGGCUAAAACUUCCUCUGUUAUGUGUAAAACGUCGAAAGUCUUAUUCUGAUAUAAGAAUGAAUGAGGAUAGUGAUAAUCACGUGAAUAAUGAUAAUGAUAGCUAUCGCGUUACUAGUGACGGUAGUCAUGGCGAAAGUCCUAGUCAUCGGAAAUCGUUUAAAACGCUUCAUCGGAACAAAUCAUGUCAGUUGAAAUCCAAUCAAAUAAUACCUAAAAUAAACCAUAUACAAGGUAAGGUGAAUGAAGCCUACUCAGCGUCAUCGACAUCACCGCAACCGACUCCGACAUCACAACAACAACAACAACAGCAGCAAAAGGAACAACUAUCACAACCACUACAGACGACAUCAAAACGAAACAUGCCAGAAAUCAUAAGAGAAUAUGAUCAAAAACAUGUACCAGAUGGCAUCAAUAAUCACCCAACUAUCCACUUCCCUAAAGCGGUGAAACAUGAUUCAAAAACCAUUACCACUUCUUCUUCCUCACCACCUCCACCACCACCACAACCAUCAGCACUCUCAUCCACGUCAUCUCCACCACCAAGAAGAACUAUCACAAUUACAAGAGAAGAUAAAUCAAGCCCACAGCAACAACAACAACCACAUCAUCAACCUAGCCAGUUAACACCACAUUCAGAAGAUACCGAUAACCGAUCGAUAUCAAGUACUGUCAGUGUAAAUGAUACUCAAUUCAAGAGACGAACAUCAGGAAAAUCACCUGGACCAAAUAUUUUAAUUGAUCGUCGAUCGAAUCGAAUGAAUCGUCGAAAUAGUUCAUCGUCGAAUAUCACUGAUAGUUAGUUAACUAAUUUAAGGAAAAAUGGGCUAUCAAUUAAUUGCCUGUUUAACCCUCUAUGAAUUAUGUAUAAUCAAUGCAUUCAGGAUAGAAAGGAAUAAUAAUAUUGCCUCUUCAGCUGCUGCAUGUUUGUUUGUUUUUUAAUCUCUUUCUUUUUUAAAAGAGUGACACUCACAAUUUUCGAUUUAAUGUGAUUGGUGUUCAAUUCUACUUUAUCCAUCCUCUUUCUUCUUCUUCAUUAUUAUCGUAUUGAUUGUUUCCAGAUUACAUAAGAUAUAUACACAUAUUGUAAAGUAUAUAAAUGGGACAUAUUGGACAGAUUGUUUUAGAAUUUUGAUAUUAUCUUCAUUUAUUUUUUUUCCUGAAAGGGCACUCAUUGUAAAUCAUAAGUGGUCAGAAUUUGAAGCUUUUGAUACUA